GAUGAGUACAGGAAGAUCUGUAAGCUGUCAGAUUCAGUGUUUCUCCACACUUCGCAUCAUUACACCUGGGAAACCGAGGGACAGCCCACUAAAUCAGGUUGGCUAUGAUGAUGGAUUUUUUUCAGGAUGGUGAGAAACCUUUAAGUGUCCUUGCCUUUGGUCCCCUACAGGCAAUUUAACAAGCACAGAAGUAGCUCUUCUUCGGGAAAACUGUGACAGACAGGAGGGUGACGACAAAAUAGCACGAGAGAGACAGAGAGAGAGUAAAAGAGCAAAAGACGGCCUACUUGAUCAAAUUUUAGGAAACACUUGCACCUGAUUUCAUCUGAGAUAUCACAAGCUGAAAUAAUAAGACAAUGCUGCCCAGCUCUGGGUUGCCAAUGCUAAUACUAGCUACGCUUCUGCUAAUCGGCCCUCUAGUGGUCAGAGGGCAAAAUGACACGGAGCCCAUAGUACUGGAGGGUAAAUGCCUGGUGGUCUGUGACUCCACACCCUCUUCGGAACCAGCAGGUAAUGCGUUGGGGAUGUCUGUGCGUUCAGGUACCGGCCGUGUGGCCUUCUCCGCUACACGGCAAACCAACCAUGAGCCCACAGACAUGAGCAAUCGCACCAUGAUCAUCUAUUUUGACCAGAUCUUGGUGAACGUUGGUGGUCAUUUUGACCAAGAGAGCAGUAUCUUCCUUGCUCCGAGACGAGGAGUGUACAGCUUCAACUUCCACGUGGUGAAGGCAUACAACAGGCAAACCAUACAGGUGAGUUUGAUGCUGAACGGAUGGCCGAUGAUCUCAGCCUUUGCCGGAGACCAGGAUGUGACACGAGAAGCAGCCACAAAUGCUGGGCUUGUGAUCAUGGAAAGAGGAGACAAGGCUUACCUCAAGCUAGAAAGGGGAAAUCUAAUGGGAGGCUGGAAGUACUCUACUUUUUCAGGCUUCCUGGUCUUCCCUUUAUAAAGGACGAUUGUGUGAACAGCUCGGAGAUGAGGAGGAGAGAGGGUGACAUGCUAGCUAGGGAUUUUUAUUUUAAGAAAAUGGAAGUCACAGAAAAGGUCAUAUUUGUUCUUAAUAUUAAGCCUAAAAGUGGCAGAGCAGAGAAAAUUAGAUUUUAAAUAUUAUAAUUAAAUAUGAUUUAUAUUGUAUUAUUUAAAUAUAUAAUUAAAUAUUAUUGAGAACAAGAUUUGAAAAAAUAAAAAUUACUAAAAAGUCACUAAAAUGAGUCUUUUUUGUAAUGUAUUUCAGAUAAUAUGCUAAUGUGUAUGAUUAAACUGAAAAAUGGCAUUGGGGAAAUAAUAUGUCCUAAUAAUAUACAGUAUUUGAAAUGAUGUUUUUUAAACAAUUCAAUUUCUGAAAUCACUUUUAAUUCAAAUAUAGCUUAUCGACUUUAUGUGAGAUUUCUGUUUCUCAUAUGUUUGCCUGCUUAUGGAGCUGUGUGUGUGUAUAACAUAAAGCUUUGUAAAAAUAAAUCUCACUAAAUCGAACCCCUUGACCAAAAAUCAAAAUUCCUUCUUGUUCUGUGUGAAAUGAAAUAUGACUUGUCCUCAACCUGUGUUACUUCUCUGAAUGAGGUGUUUUACCUCUAACAACAGCUGUUUGUAAAUAUAGCUCUCAGCAUCAGUUGGCACGGUUGACCAGGAAUCAUCACAGAUAGCAGCAUAGGCAUAAUGGAUAACGGAUACGAACUACAGUGGCACUGGUCGAGCAAAGGCAGAUGGAGUUUUUGGCAGGCAGACUUGCAAGUGUAUACUGGACUCCUAUGGACCAUGCAGGGUGGGCUGUCACAGUCAAUAAGUUACGCUGCAUUGCUUUAAAGACACACUUAUUCACACAUACAGAACAAGGAAAGAAAGAGAGCAGGAAAGAGAUAAGGAGAGAGAAAAGGAAACAGCAAGAAAAGAAAGACUAACUGAUUUUAACACAGUAUUUAUUUAUUUUUCUAUCCUGUCUGUGAGCAUUUAUUUUUGAAAGACCACAGCAUGCCACUCUAAGAAAGUAAGGUCAAAAUUUCAUCAAAGCCUGCUGUUC